AUUUGAAGGCACCAUACGGUUUGGUUUUUGUUGUUUAAGUCGUCUUCUUCCGCGUUUACCUGUAAGGACAAAGACCAAUGAAACCAGGCAUAAACUAAUGUACUUUAGUCUGUUUACUAACACAAAUAGUGACGAAAGAGGAGAAACAAACGUGGGCGACAGUUUAGACACUUUAACACUUUAGUUUUAGUGGAAGUUACUUUCUCCGAGGUACAACAUGGGGUGUUGCAGCAGCUCGGAGAGUAAAAGCGAGUGGAAGCCGCUGGAGGAGCACAGCUGCACGGACAUCCCAUGGCUCAUCGUCUUUACUCUGUUCUGUGUCGGCAUGGGGUGUAUAUGUGGUUUUGCCAUCGCCACAGGAGGUGCUUCUCGGCUCAUCUCCGGGUACGACAGUUAUGGCAACACGUGUGGUCGGAAUAACACCAGAGUCGAGGGAGUCCCUCUCAGUGGCAGGGACAUGUCGGAGAAAAAAUUUGUUUUCUUUCUGGAUCCUUGCAACCUUGACCUCAUCAACAGGAAGAUCAAGUCCAUUGCCUUGUGUGUCUCCAAAUGUCCGACCGCUGAACUGAAGGACUAUAAAGAUGUCAAGGACUUCUCUCUGAACAAUGGUUCUGACCUCUGCUCCUAUGAAAUCUCUCCUACAAGAUAUCCAAGCCAUCCAGACAGAAACACCAAAUGUCCAAAGCUCCCUGUUCCACCAAGUAAGGCCUUGCCAGUCUUCCACCGCUGUAUUCCUGUGGAUAUCAGCUGCUACGUUGAAUUCGCCCAAGCCUUCAUCACAUUCGUCAGUGACAACACGGCGCUGCGGCGCGUCGUCGCUGGAGUGGUGACCAGCAAGGAGAUCAUCAUGGGUCUCUGUGUCCUGGCUUUAGUCCUCUCCUUGAUCAUGAUGGUUGUCAUCCGUUACAUCUCCAAACUGCUCGUUUGGAUCCUCACAGUCCUGGUGAUCAUUGGAUCUAUAGGUGGGACCGGUGUCCUCUGGUGGCUGUACGCCGACCACAAGCACGCCCUGGAUAAUAACGGCACAUCGGUGUUUGGGAAGGAAGUGGCUUCAGACAACGUUAAGGCUUUGCUUGUGUACGCCAUUGGGGCGACCAUUUUUACGGUUGUGCUCCUGCUGGUGAUGUUUUUCAUGAGAAAGCGCGUGGCUCUCACCAUCUCCCUGUUCCACGUGGCGGGUAAAGUGUUCAUCCACCUCCCGCUGCUGGUCCUGCAGCCUUUCUGGACCUUCCUCAGCCUCAUGUUCUUCUGGGUUUACUGGAUCGCCGUGCUCCUGUUCCUCGGGACCUCAGGGACACCAGUGAAGAACAACUCCACCGGUGUGGUUGAAUAUGAGAUGCAGGGCGCUCUUCAGUACAUGGUGUGGUAUCACGCCGUCGGCCUCAUCUGGAUCAGCGAGUUCAUCCUUGCCUUCCAGCAGAUGACCAUUUCAGGAGCUGUGGUCACUUAUUAUUUCACACGGAACAAGUCCCAGCUGCCAGCAACUCCAGUCCUCAGUGCCAGCAUUCGCACCGUUCGCUAUCACCUGGGCACGCUGGCCAAAGGUUCCUUCAUCAUCACGCUCGUUAAGAUCCCCCGCAUCAUCCUGACGUACAUCCACAGCCAGCUCAAAGGAAAGGAAAACGCCUGCGCUCGGUGCAUGCUGAAGGCCUGCGUGUGCUGCCUGUGGUGUCUCGAGAAGUGUUUGGCUUACUUAAAUCAGAACGCCUACACUGCGACUGCCAUCAACAGCACCAACUUCUGCACCUCAGCCUGCGACGCCUUCGUUAUCCUGGUGGAGAACGCGCUCCGGGUGGCAGCCAUAAACACUGUGGGCGACUUCGUCCUCUUCCUGGGAAAGAUUAUCGUAGUCUCAUGCACAGCUUUUGCGGGCGUUCUGGCUCUGAAUUACCAGAGGGACUACACCGUGUGGGUGCUGCCUCUCCUCAUCGUUUGUCUGUUUGCCUUCCUCGUGGCCCAUUGCUUCCUGUCUGUGUUUGAGAAUGUGGUGGACGUCCUCUUCCUCUGCUUUGCCGUGGACACCAAAUAUAACGAUGGCAGCCCUGGACGGCAGUACUACAUGGACAAGGCCCUCAUGGAAUAUGUUGAGAACUCUAAGAAAAUGGAUCAGUACAAACCCAGUGACGGGGAUGGACGAGAAAUGAAGCCCAUGACCAGUGGAGGGACUGCAGCUUGACCAAGUGUGCAACAACAGACUGAUUAUCAUCCAGCGGAGUAACUCUGCAAACAAAUAGGUCAAAUAUCAGUAAUAUGCACUGUUUCAGGUUUUUAAGAGUUUAUAAUUGUGACUUUAGACACUAAUAGAAAAUGGAAGUGGGGAGUUAAUUAGCUUUAAUUUGUAAUCACUAGGAACUGUUUGUUUUUGUUUUCCCUUUAUUGCUUUUUUAACUCUAUGCAUUUUAACAUGUUUUUUUUAUUUACAGUGUACAUUUUGGUAAAUAUUUUAAAAUUGAUG